AUGAAGGAUCCAGGAAAGUUCACCUUUGCUUGUAUAAUUGGUGGAGUAAAUAUCCCACAUGUUUUAUGGGAUUUAGUAUCUAGUAUAAAUGUUAUGCCCUUGAGUAAAGUUAAAGAUUUUAACUUGGGAGAGAUCAUACAUAGUAAUAUGACUCUUACUUUAGUUGAUUCAUCUAUCACUCAUAAGCUUGGUAUGUUGCAAGAUGUGUUAGUACAUGUUGAUGGGUUAGUCUUCCCUGCAGAUUUUAUGGUAAUUGACAUGAAAGGAGAUUCAAGAGGUUCAGUUAUUCUCAUAUGCCCAUUCUUGGUAACCUGGAAAGCGUUAAUAGAUGUGGAGACAAGUGAACUUGUUUUGAAGUUCAACAAGGAAAAGGCGGUGUUUAAUAUGUAUGAAUAG